AUGGCGGAUCAAAAGAGCACUGCGAACCAGAGGUUAACGCAAAUUAAGGACUUUUUAACAAUGAACAAGACCGCUACUACUAUCCCCUGGGACCCGGAUUGCACCAAGUUUCCAACGCGAAAGGAGCUUCCUGAGAUCCCCGGAGCUCCACCCGAGGCUGCCUGGGUGUGGGGAGAUAAUGACUACAUCGGCCGGAUAAACCUUCUCACUCCGACUCGAGUCGCCGCUGCGUCGAAAGAGAUUAGGACAGGCGAGAUCAUUCCUGUGAAUCUUCCCCUCGACACCCCAAAUCAGCCUGCCUUUGGGCGUGAGAUAUUCAAGCACGAGAUUAAGGUUCUUGCAGAGAACUUAGCUUAUGAUGACAUUUACCACAUGAACACCCAGAGCGGCACGCAAUGGGAUGGCUUCAGACACUUUGCACACCUGUCUACAGGAACUUUUUACAAUGGAACCAAGGGCUCUGACAUUCUAGGUCCAAGUGCAAAUCACAAAUGCUCCAUGCACCACUGGGCCGAACACGGUAUCGCAGGUCGAGGCGUUCUUCUAGACUACAGAGGUUACGCUCACAAGAAAGGUAUCAAUUACGACCCAUAUGACUACUACCCCAUUUCGUGGGAAGAGUUAUAUCAAUGUGGGAAGGAUCAAGGCAUUGACAUUCGGCCUGCGGCUCAGGGUGGGGACAUCAAGAUUGGAGACAUGCUCUUCGUACGCAGCGGGUGGAAGGAAGCAUAUGAUGCGAAGUCUCCUGAUGAUCGAACAAAGGCAGCGUUGAGGCAUGGAAGCGGAAAGGACGGUGAAGACGGACAGCGAUAUGCAGGAUUAAGCCAAGAGCAGAAGAUUUUAGAUUGGCUUCAUGACUGCUAUUUCGCUGCUGUUGCGGGUGAUGCACCCGCAUUCGAGGCGUGGCCCACCCACGAGAGUUAUCACCUGCACGAGUAUAUUCUAGCAUUGUGGGGUAUGCCACUCGGGGAGAUGUUAGAUCUCGAGAAACUUGCCGCGAAGUGUCGAGAGAAGAAUCGGUGGUUCUUCUUCUUCUCGUCUGCACCUGCGAACUGUCCAGGUGGUGUCAGUUCUCACAUUAACGGAAACGCGAUCUUGUAG